AUGGUAGGCAGUGAUGGUGAGGGUAUAGGGAUCAAAUGGCAAAAGUUUUUGAAAGAAUCUGAACGUACUUGUCCUAAAUUUGAAUUGGGACUGACCUUUGAAGAUAAAGGGGAGUUUAGUGAAGCUAUAACAAAUUAUGCAAUCAAGGAGGGGAAGGAAAUGAAAUAUCACAAAAAUGACAAAGUUAGAUGUGUGGUGAAGUGCAAGCAUGAAAGCUGUCCUUGGCAGGUUACCCUUAGGUUUAAUAAAGAUGAUAAAUGUUGGAGGGUAUCAGUGGUGAAGGACAAACAUGAUGGCUGUGUAAGGACUCAGAAUAAUUCAAUGGUCAAUUCCUCUAUUGUUGCUAAGAGAUGGAAACAGCAAAUUAGAGGAAAUUUGGAAUGGAAAACUAAUUCAUUUUUAGAAAAAGUCCUAACCGAUGGCCAUUACAUUCUGAGUAAGAAGCAAGCAUGGAGGGCUUUAGUGAAAGCAAAAGGUGAAAUUAAACAUGAAGCAGAAGAUUACUUCAAUAAGAUUUGGAACUAUGUCUUGGAAAUAAAAAGAACUAAUCCAAACUGUACUUGUGAAGUGAAGGUGAGUGACCUUAAAGAAAAUAGAAAAGAGAGAUUUUUAAGGAUGUAUAUCUGUUGGGAAGCUACAAGGGAAGGAUUUAAGCACUGCAGGAAAAUCAUUGACCUAGAUGGGUGUCACUUGAAGUGUAAAACUGGAGGACAAUUGUUGACAGCAGUUGGAAUAGAUGCAAAUGAAAGUUUAUUCCCAAUUGCCUAUGCAGUUGUAGAAGGUGAGAACAAAGACUCUUGGACUUGGUUUCUACAGUUUCUAAAGAAAGACUUGAAGCUUGGUCCCUUAGUACAGAGUGAGUACACACUAAUGUCAGACAAGCAAAAAGGGUCUCAUACAAGCUUGUGA